UGCCUGGGUGGUCUCCCUCUCUCUCCACUUUGGUGAGCUGUUGCUUAGCAGCUAAUAAUAGGAGAUGUUUGCUAAGUAAUUUGCCUCUUCCUUGGCCAAUGAGAACCAGAUCACUUUUCCACCAAACCACCCUUUUCACGAUUUGCAGAGGGGCUAGUUUCUCCAAAUGUCACUGCUACGGGAUCAGAGGCAGACUUAAAUAUCUGCUCGAGACUUUACUUCGAAACGUUGUUUUAUAAGCUAUCAGGACGGAUGAAGACUCAAGGAUCUAUACGGAUUUGGGCACAUAAUGUUGGGAUGGAGUUGCAAGACUUUGGCUCAAGGAAAGACUAGUAUAUAUUCUCCUAAUUUUUACCCGGUGGAUGCGCUAGUAUUCUAUCUUGGAUUAUUGUCGCGUUUGCUGAACUCGCACUGUUUCUCUCUUGCUUCGCUCUGUGCUUUGUUUUCUUGUUUGGACUAUGGCAUCGGAUCCCAGAGUCCCAGGGGCCGGUGUUUUUGGAGAUUUACCCCCAAGUUAUACGCGUUCUCCGCCGCAAGUAAACUCAGAUCUUCUCCGGAGACCCAGUUACUGCCACGCUGCUUUCGCAUUAAAACAGAUUUCUAAGGGGAAGGCUGUGGGUCAGAAAGCCCCGUUGUGGAUUCGGGCGCGGUUCCAGGCUCUUCUCUUUUCUUUGGGCUGUCACAUCCAGCGACAUUGUGGAAAAGUCCUUUUCAUUGGACUGCUUGUGUUCGGUGCCUUGUCUGUGGGUUUGCGGGUUGCUGCCAUUGAGACGGACAUUGAGCAACUAUGGGUGGAAGCUGGUAGCCGAGUGAGUCGGGAGCUGCGCUACACCAAGGAGAAGCAGGGAGAGGAGUCUGUGUUCACGUCGCAGAUGCUCAUACAAACUCCCAAACAGGAAGGAACUAACAUUCUGACCCAGGAUGCUUUGCUGCUUCACCUGGAGGCAGCGCUCUCGGCCAGCAAGGUCCAAGUGUCUCUGUUUGGAAAAUCAUGGGAUCUUAAUAAAAUAUGCUACAAAUCUGGAGUCCCUAUCAUAGAAAAUGUCAUGAUUGAAAGGAUGAUUGACAAGCUGUUCCCAUGUAUGAUUGUUACCCCACUGGACUGUUUCUGGGAAGGUGCAAAGCUCCAGGGGGGGUCAGCAUACUUACCGGGGAUGCCGGACAUCCAGUGGAUGAACCUGGACCCUUUGAAGCUGAUGGAGGAGCUCAGCCAGUUCACCAGUCUGGAGGGCUUCAGGGAGAUGCUGGACAAGGCCCAGGUGGGCCACGCCUACAUGAACCGCCCCUGCCUGGACCCCAAUGACUCCGACUGCCCCCCCAGCGCACCCAACAAGGACCUGAGAGAGAGUCCUGACAUUGCUGGGCAGCUCCAAGACGGUUGCCACGGCUUCUCCAAAAAGUUCAUGCACUGGCAGGAGGAGCUGAUCCUGGGCGGUCGGGUCAAGGACACCCAGAAUGCUUUGCAGAGUGCGGAGGCACUCCAGACCAUGUUUCUCCUGAUGAGCCCCAAGCAGCUAUACGAACACUUUAAGGACGACUAUGAGAUCCAUGACAUCAACUGGAACGAGGACAAGGCCACCGCCAUCCUGGAGACCUGGCAGAGGAAGUUCGUGGAGGUGGCUCAUGGCAGUAUCCCCCAGAACUCCACUUCAGAGAUCCACGCCUUCUCCACCACCACCCUCAACGACAUCAUGAAGUCCUUCUCUGAUGUCAGUGUCAUUCGUGUGGCUGGAGGCUACCUGCUCAUGCUGGCCUACGCCUGUGCGACCAUGCUCCGUUGGGACUGUGCCAAGUCCCAGGGGGCCGUGGGGCUGGCUGGCGUGCUCCUGGUGGCUCUGUCUGUGGCAGCUGGCCUGGGGUUGUGCUCUCUGCUGGGCCUGUCCUUUAACGCUGCCACCACACAGGUUCUUCCCUUCCUGGCUCUGGGGAUCGGUGUGGAUGACAUGUUCCUUCUGGCCCACUCCUUCACUGAGACUGGCAUCAACAUCCCCUUUAAGGAGAGAACGGGGGACUGCCUAAGGAGGACUGGCACCAGCGUGGCGCUCACCUCCAUCAACAACAUGAUCGCCUUCUUCAUGGCAGCCCUGGUCCCCAUCCCAGCACUGCGUGCCUUCUCUCUGCAGGCGGCCAUUAUUGUGGUGUUCAACUUCGCCAUGGUGCUUCUUAUCUUCCCGGCCAUCCUGAGUUUGGACCUGCACCGUCGGGAGGUCAAACGUCUGGACAUCCUGUGUUGUUUCUACAGCCCCUGCUCUUCCCGGGUCAUCCAGAUCCAACCCCAGGAGUUCUCCGAUGCCAACGACAACACCACCCAUAGCCACGCGCCUGGCGCCCAGACUACAACGACCUACACAGGCUCCACCAUCACCACCAGCACCCAGAUCACCACCACCGUCCAGGCCUUCACCCAGUGUGACGCUGCGGGCCAGCACAUAGUCACCAUCCUGCCCCCCACCUCCCAGAUCUCCACCAGCCCUCCAUCUGUGGUGGUGGCCACCUCCCCCGCUCCCCCUACCCCCACCGACCCCUACGGCUCCCAGCUCUUCACCCCCUCCAGCUCCACCCGGGACCUCCUGGCCCAGAUGGAUGAGUCCAAGGAGGCCAGGGAGUGUGUUCCUCUCCCCUUCUUCCGCUGGAACCUGUCAAGCUUCGCCCGGGACAAGUACGCUCCUCUCCUCCUAAAGCCAGAGAGCAAGGUGGUGGUCGUGGUCCUCUUCGUGACUCUGCUGGGGCUCAGCCUGUACGGAACCACCAUGGUCCAUGACGGACUCUACCUGACCGACAUUGUGCCCCGCGACACCAAGGAGUACGACUUCAUCAACGCCCAGUUCAAGUACUUCUCUUUCUACAACAUGUACCUGGUGACCAUGGACGGCUUUGACUACGCCCGCUCCCAGCGUCUCCUCAUCCAGCUGCACAACUCCUUCACCUCGGUCAAGUACGUGGUGAGGGACAGCGACCAGCAGCUACCCCGGAUGUGGCUGCACUAUUUUCAGGACUGGCUAAGAGGACUGCAGGCUGCCUUCGAUGCAGACUGGGAGGCAGGCAGGAUCACCUGGGAUAACUACCGUAACGGCACCGAGGAUGGUGUUCUGGCCUACAAGCUGCUCAUCCAGACCGGCUCCAAGAAGGACCCCUUCAACUACAACCAGCUGACUUCGCGUCGUCUGAUGGAUGACGACGGUCUAAUUCACCCAGACGUCUUCUAUAUCUACCUGACUGUGUGGGUGAGCAACGACCCUCUGGGCUAUGCCGCCUCUCAGGGUAACUUCUACCCUCACCCCCGUGAGUGGAUCCACGACAAGUACGAUACCACCGGAGAGAACCUGCGCAUCCCUGCCGCAGAGCCCCUGGAGUUUGCCCAGUUCCCCUUCUACCUAAACGGCCUGAGGCAGGCAUCCGACUUCGUCGAGGGUAUUGAGAGCGUGCGCACCAUCUGCGAGGAGUUCACCCGUAAAGGCGUGCUCAACUACCCCAACGGGUACCCCUUCCUGUUCUGGGAGCAGUACAUCGGCCUGCGACACUGGUUCCUCCUGGCGGUCAGCGUGGUGCUAGCCUGCACCUUCCUGGUCUGUGCCAUCCUCCUGCUCAACCCCUGGACCGCUGGCAUCAUUGUCUUCAUCCUGGCAAUGAUGACGGUGGAGCUCUUCGGUAUCAUGGGCCUGAUCGGCAUCAAACUCAGUGCCAUCCCAGUGGUCAUCCUCAUCGCCUCUGUAGGCAUCGGCGUCGAAUUCACCGUCCACAUUGCACUGGCAUUUCUGACGGCCGUAGGGAAUAGGAACAGGCGUUCUGCGGUGGCCCUGGAGCACAUGUUUGCCCCUGUGAUUGACGGGGCCAUCUCUACUUUGCUGGGGGUCCUAAUGCUGGCUGGCUCCGAGUUUGACUUCAUCCUGAGGUACUUCUUUGCGGUGCUGGCUAUCCUGACCGUGCUGGGGAUCCUGAAUGGACUGGUGCUGCUGCCCGUGCUGCUCUCCCUCAUGGGCCCACCCCCGGAGGUCACCCCGUCCGACAACGGCAGCUGCCUGACGCCGGAGCCCCUCUCCCCUCCCAUGACCCACCACGGCUAUUACGCGGGACAUGGCCCACUCAGCCCGCGACAACAGGCCUUCUCAGAGUCCUCCGAGUCAGAGUGCUACUCUGAGACGACUACCACAUCAGGGAUAGGGGAGGAGUACAAGUACUGUGACCGCAGUCCUUACAUCACCCCUCCUACCUCCCACAUACUGCUGGAGGCCAGCAAGAACCCCAGCUUCCCCAAGCUCACGGUGGUGAAACCGUUCCAAGGGAACCAAUCUGUAACUCCUCAGAAAGAACUCUUAAAUGAAUCUUCUCCGAAUGCGGUUAACUCGGUCAGCUCUCAACUCAAGCAGUGGGAUAACAAACAUGAUUACAAUUCUGACCAGGGACCCAGGAGGCAACAUUUACCCAGUGACAGGACCCAAGGUCCUGGGAGGACUAAUCACUGUGGUCCCAGGUCUCAGACACACAAAGGGCCUCAUCAGAACAGGACUAAGAUGCCGGGCUAUAAUGGCGGUACCGUGUCCGGUAGUGCUGUUACUACCAUGGUUACGGCCACGGCCUCGGUGACUGUGGCGGUGCACCCCAGCUUGCCGGGGGCCUACCAGGGUUACAUGCAUGAGGGCUACGAGGACAGUGAAUCAGACUGUUUUGAGGACAUUAAGAGGACUUCACAAUCUUGUGGGAAAGCUCCCCAAUCUUCCAAGCGUGAAUCCUUGGAGCUUCAAGACCUGGAAUCUGUACAGAACCACUUUCAGGCAAACCAGGCACAAGGUGGCCCAUGGAUCCAGGCAGCCAAAGAUUGCUAGACACCCUGCUACCCCACCCUGCCCCUAUGUCUGGAAUCCUUCUCUGGCUGCCUCCGAUACCCAGCCCGUUCUCUUUGAUCUGUACAUAGACCUCACACAGACAAGAGGAUUUAUUUGUAAAGAUAUUAAAAAAAGGUCUUGUUUUAAGAAUAUAUAAAUAUAUGAGUAUAUAUUUUAAUACUAAAAAGAGGGAAACAACUAUUUAAAAGAGCACUGUAUAACUUGGCUAUUCUCUUGUGUAGAGUCAGAUAAAUAAGAUGAUUGGGGGGUUCCUCCCUUUGUAUAGAUCUAGAAGAUGCUAUAUGUUAAACAGAGGGGUUAUUAAGAUAUUAGGUUAUUGAAAAUACAAGGUCAGUGUUUGUUUUUUUGCUGCUACACUUCAAAAAAUGGAAAUGAUUUGCAGUACCCCCUCCCCCGAUCUAAGUUGAGAAUUAACUUGAGAUAUUCUCGAUGUUCUUACACUGAGAGUGGAGGGUGCCUUAUUGAUUAAGCUCCGUAACACACGCACACACACACGCACACUAUGAUCUAUUCAGAUGAUCCAUUGUUGGUCAUUGAUUGCACUGUACAAAUACAAACAAGCUCAGUAAAUCUUCUCUUCCUCUUCCACCAAUAACAACCAUUGUGCCUUCACAACACCUUCCCUCUUGGAAUUCUUAAGCACAGUAUAUAUAUUCAAAGUUGGAUGUAAAUAUGAUAUCUGUCCUGUUUGUUUGAAAGCAUCAUUUCAUACCUUUUUCCCCCCGCGUUUAGAAUCCCCUGAUAUGUACAAGACGUGUCUUCAUUUACUGGUGUGAUAUGAUGCAAAUACUAUUAGCAAAACAAUAGCAUAUUCUCCUUUGGUUUCUUCCAUAAUACACAGGCUGCUCAUCCAGAAUAAAGCCCGUGUUCAGGCAGUAAAUUAAUAUAUUACCAUGUAUUGGUCCAUUUCAAUCACCUGUAGCUCUGUAAUGCUCUGUAUGUCUGUAUGCAGUCAGCAACUUGACUUGGUGUCCCUUUGGGUUGAAGUUUCUUGAGUGUCGUUCAUUGUGUCCCAGCUCACUGGCAUGUUGCAUUACGUUCAUUGUGUCCCAGCUCACUGGCAUGUUGCAUUACGUUCAUUGUGUCCCAGCUCACUGGCAUGUUGCAUUACGUUCAUUGUGUCCCAGCUCACUGGCAUGUUGCAUUAUGAUCGUUGUCUCGUUGUUAUUUUGCAGUCUACAUGUUUUAUUACUUGAAUGAGCUAUGAGAAGAGUUUUAUUUCUUUCCUGGGGUUAUCUAAGCUGUACAUUGGGUAAGGCUAACUUUGUCAUCCCCCUUGUCCUCCAACUCAACUGGGGUCUAAGGGGUAAUAUCUGACUAAUGCUGGUUGUUUACCCAAUUUUAUUCUGAAAGGGAAUUUAUAUCAAAUGCAAAGGGAGGUUUUUGUUUUCUUUUAAAUGUUUUGGCUGCUUUAGGUUUGUGGUAGACAUUAUUUCAACCCUGUGCAAUUGUUGACUAGGUAGUGCAUUUUGAGCAGAGAACUACUCAAUGAACCACUUACUGUGUCAUGGAGGAAAUCUGUGCUUUAGUGCAGUCUCUCUCUCUCUUUCUCUCUCUCUUUCUCUCUCGUCGUUGUAGCUCACAUGCAAGCCAGCAUUUCUGUGAUUUUGUUUUUGUUUAAUUUGUAUGUUUGUAUCAUGGACAAAGUUCAGUCGUUCAGUAUUGGUCACAUCACUGCCAGUUUAAAUGCAGGGAAAUGUAAUAGAUUUAAGUGGCAGCUUGGGUUUCUUUUGUACAUAGAGUUAUGAAAGAAAAAUAAAGUAGCUACUGUGCAUUCUGGAAGUAAACAACAAAAUAAUAAGAGAACAACCUACAUUCAUUCACUGCUUCAGUACAGAAAUACCUGAGUGUGUAAGUUAUAUGAGUGGUAGGGUGGGGGUUCGUUCAAAUGUGUGUCAUGCCAUAUAAAUUAUUUAUAUAAAAUUUUAUUUUUGUAGUUUGUACAGAUGUUAGUCACUAGACUGAAGUUCUAUUUUUAAAGAGUAAAUAUAUAUUAUAUAUAAUUAUAUCUAUUGUUACAGAUUUGUUUUUUGUUGUUUUUGUUUGUUUGGUUGCUAUUAUUUUUAUGAGGGGUGGGAGAGCGGGGGGGAGUGGGAGGGAGUUGUCCACAAUGAGUAGAGGGGGUUUCAGACAGACCCUGUUUUGUUUUUGUUUUUUGGAGAGAAGGGUACACUUGGAAAAUGAAGGAGAGGUGUGGCAGACACUGUCCACCAUGUUAAGUUUCCUUACCUUUCCUUCUUCAUUUAAUGAUUUGAAGUUGUACUCUUUUUGUCGAUGUCUAAAACACUGUGACUUCCGAAAACUAUGCUCAAGAAAACCCUUGUGUGACCAUUAUUUUCCCUCACCUUCUAUAGGAAUUUAACUAACAAAAUAAAUUCAAAUGAAA